AUGUCAUUCAUCUUCCGCCGUCUCUUCUCCUCCACACCAAGCGCAGCAAACAUGGCCGUCACCAAGCAGCAGGUCCAGUCCAUCAUCGACGAGAACAAGGUCGUCGUCUUCUCCAAGUCGUACUGCCCCUACUGCCGCCAGACAAAGUCCACCCUCGACGAGCUCAACGCCGACUACAAGGUCAUCGAGCUGGACCAGAUCUCCGAGGGCAGCGAGUUCCAGGACGUCCUCGAGCAGAUCUCGGGCCAGCGCACCGUCCCCAACAGCUACAUCAACCAGAAGCACAUCGGCGGCAACUCGGACAUCCAGGGCCUUCUCAAGGGCAACAAGCUCGAGAACCUCCUCAAGGAGGCCAACGCUCUCAAGGCGUAA